GGGGGCGGCUGCGCCGGGACCCGCCCUUCGCCCGGGGACCCUCGCCCGGGGAUCCGACACCGCCGCCCGACACCGCGGGGGGGGGAGGGCAGCGCUCCGGGGGCCCCCCCGGCACCGCCUCCCCGCGCGCCGGGCCUGGGCCCCCGCGGAUGAGGCGGUGAGGCCGCGGCCCUUCCCCCGCCCCCUCCCGGGGCCUCCCUUCCCCUCCCGGGUCCCCCCUCCCUCCCCGUCCCUCCCGCCUCCGCCGGGGCCUCGCGGCCCGCUCCCCAUGUAGGAGGGAGGGCCGAGGCCCCGGGGCGGGCGCGGAGGGAGUUUGAGGGAGUUUGAAGCCCGGGGGGGGUUCCCAGGAGUUCCCCUCGGCCGUUCCCGAGCGCAGCGGGGGAAGGAAGGAAUGCCCAACCCGGAGAGACAUGGGGGCAAGAAGGACGGCGGCGGCGGGGCCUCGCAGGCGGGCAGCUCCAACAGCAGGGAGAGGCACCGCGCGGGCUCCAGGCACAAGAGGCACAAAUCCAGGCACUCCAAGGAGUCCCCGCUGGCGGCCCAGGAGGCGGCGGCGCCCCUGGGAGCCGUGAUCAAGCCGCUGGUGGAGUACGACGACAUCAGCUCGGACUCGGACACCUUCUCGGACGACGUGGCCCUGAGACCGGACAGGAGGGACAGCGAGGACAGGAGGGAGCGCGGCGAGAGGGCGCAGAAGCACCGGCACCACCAGCACAAGCGGCUGCGGGAGCUGAUGAAGAGCAAGCAGGCGGAGAAGGACAGGAAGCUGGAGAAGGGCCUGGAAGCCUCCAGCAGGUCCGCCAAGGAGAGGGUCUCGGGAUCCUCCAAGAGGCUCCCGGAGAGCGACGAGCACCCCAAGGCUCCCUCCUCCAAGAGCGGCAACAAGGAGUCGCGCUCGGCCAAGGCGCACAAGGAGAAGUCCAGGAAGGAGCGGGAGCUCAAGUCCAGCCACAAGGAGCGCGGCAAGAGCCACCGCAAAAGGGACGCCCCCAAGAGCUACAAAACCCUCGACAGCCCCAAGCGCAAGUCGCGGAGCCCCCACAGGAGGUGGUCGGACAGCCCCAAGCUGGACGACAGCCCCUCGGGAGCCUCCUACGUGCAGGAGUACGAGCUGAGCCCGCCGCGCUCGCACACGUCCAGCACCUACGAGCCCUACAGGAAGAGCCCCGGCGGCUCCUCUCGCCGGCAGUCGCUCAGCCCGCCCUACAAGGAGCCCAUGGGCUACCAGUCCAACGCCCGCUCGCCCAGCCCCUACAGCCGGCGGCAGCGCUCCGUGAGCCCCUACGCCCGCCGGCGCUCGUCCAGCUACGAGAGGGGCAGCGGCUCCUACAGCGGGAGGUCCCCGAGCCCCUACGGGCGCCGCCGCUCCAGCAGCCCCUUCGCCUCCAAGCGCUCCGUGAGCAGGAGCCCCAUCGCCAGGAAGUCCGUGAAGUCCCGGAGCCGCAGCCCUGGAUACUCAAGACACUCAUCUCACAGCAAAAAGCAGAGGUCUGGGUCCCGCAGCCGCCAUUCCAGCAUCUCCCCCACGAGGCUCCCGCUGAACUCCAGCCUGGGAGCAGAGCUCAGCAGGAAGAAGAAGGAGCGAGCGGCCGCGGCAGCAGCUGCGGCCAAGGUGGACGGGAAGGAGGCGAAGGGCUCCCCGGUGUUCCUGGCCAGGAAGGAGAACAGCCUGGCCGAGCUGAAGGAGGCCGGGCCGGAGUCUAAAAAGGCCACCAAAAGUGUUAAAUUGGAGAAGGCUCCGCCAGACCCAGAGUCAGUGAACUUACUGCACAGCAACGCCGAGCCCAAGGGCCCCGCGGAGCCGGCGAGGGCCCGGCCGGAGGAGAACGCGGAGCGCAAACAUCCCGCCCCAGCUCGGGACUCCAAACCCUCGGGAACAAAGGACUCGAAGCCCGGAGCGGCGGCCGAGGACCUGGUAUCUCCAAAGGAGACAGACACAGCGGAGAAGGAGAUCCCACCCCCCCUGCCCUCAAUCAAGUCCCCCCCUCCACCCCUGCCCACCACCACCCCUCCACCUCCGACUCCGCCGCUGCCGCCUUUGCCUCCGUCUCCCGCCGUCCCGCCUUUGCCUCCAGCCCAAGUGACUCCUGUCCAGGCCCCUCCUCCAGCCCCAACGUCUUUGCCAUCCUCCUCCCACCCAAGGACGUCUACUUUAUCCUCUCAGGUGAACUCCCAGUCCUCUGUGCAGGUGGCUACAAAAACCCAAGUGUCUGUGACGGCUGCUAUCCCACACCUGAAAACUUCCACCUUGCCUCCGCUUCCGCUGCCCCCUAUUUUAGUUGGGGAAGAUGACUUGGAUAGUCCAAAGGAGAUUCUUCCUCCGAAACCUGUGAAGAAGGACAGAGAGCAGAGACCACGCCACUUACUCACGGACCUCCCGCUCCCCCCGGAGCUCCCCGGGGGGGACCCAUCUCCUCCCGACUCCCCAGAACCAAAGGCAGCCACACCACCUCAGCAACCCUUCAAAAAGAGACCAAAAAUCUGUUGUCCUCGGUAUGGGGAGAGGAGACAGACGGAAAGCGACUGGGGGAAGCGCUGUGUGGACAAGUUUGACAUCAUUGGGAUUAUCGGAGAGGGGACCUAUGGGCAGGUCUACAAAGCCAAGGACAAGGACACAGGUGAGCUGGUGGCCCUGAAGAAGGUGCGCCUGGACAACGAGAAGGAGGGAUUUCCCAUCACAGCCAUCCGGGAGAUCAAAAUCCUGCGGCAGCUCAUCCACCGCAGCGUCGUCAACAUGAAGGAGAUCGUCACGGACAAACAAGAUGCACUGGAUUUCAAGAAGGACAAAGGUGCCUUUUACCUUGUGUUUGAGUACAUGGACCAUGACCUAAUGGGGCUGCUAGAAUCUGGCUUGGUACAUUUCUCAGAGGACCAUAUCAAGUCUUUCAUGAAACAGUUAAUGGAGGGUCUGGACUAUUGUCACAAAAAGAACUUCCUUCAUCGAGACAUUAAGUGCUCCAACAUCUUACUGAACAACAGGAGGUGUGGGAAUAAUCCUGUCCAUAAUUCCAACCCCGUGGCUGGAUAUCCACCUCAAGAAUUCCUCUGGGAUAUUGGCCCAGUGUGCCCAGCCCUUGGUUAUUGCUGCAGUGAGCUGCUCAGGAAGGAGCUUUUCUCUGGGACUGGGGGCUCUUCCCCUGUGUCCCACUUGCCUGACCCUGCUCUCCUGCCUCCCAGCCGGCUCUGUGGGAGCCCCUGCCCAGCUGUGUGGCCAGAUGUGAUCAAGCUGCCCUACUUCAACACUAUGAAGCCCAAGAAGCAAUACCGCCGGCGCCUGCGCGAGGAGUUCUCCUUCAUUCCCUCGUCUGCUCUGGACCUGCUGGACCACAUGCUGACUCUGGACCCUGGCAAACGCUGCACAGCAGAGCAGGCCCUGCACAGUGACUUCCUGAAGGACGUUGACCUCAGCAAAAUGGCACCUCCAGACCUCCCCCACUGGCAGGAUUGCCACGAGCUGUGGAGCAAGAAGCGCCGGCGGCAGCGGCAGAGCGGGAUGGCCGUGGAGGAGCCUCCGGUGGCAAAAGUUUCUCGGAAAGAAACUACCUCUGUUACAAGCACAGACACUGUGAAAAACAACAGCAGUCCUGUGCCCCCCCAGCCUGCCCAGCUCAAAGCAGAGCCUGGGGCUGCAGAUGCAGUAGGCCUCGGGGACAUCACGCAGCAGCUGAACCAGAGCGAGCUGGCCGUGCUCCUGAACCUGCUGCAGAGCCAGACCGACCUGAGCGUGCCGCAGAUGGCCCAGCUCCUGAACGUGCACUCGAACCCCGAGAUGCAGCAGCAGCUGGAGGCCCUCAACCAGUCCAUCACGGCGCUGACCGAGGCCACGGCGCAGCACCACGAGCACCACGAGCCCCCGGCGGCGCCGCCAGAGGAAGCCAUAGAGGAGCCCCCUCCGGAGGUGCCGGAGGAGCAGCAGACUCCGGACGCAGCCAGCGCUCAGGGAGACAUGCAGAACGUGCUGGCGGUUCUGCUGAGUCAGCUCAUGAAGAGCCAGGAGCCCGGGAUCCCAUCCCUGGAGGAGAGCAACGGGGAGAAGAGCAGCGAGCAGCGGGCGCCCCGGAAAACCCCGACGAGGCACCCGGAGGAGAGCUCAGCCUGUCCUCCUGGCAUUGUCCCUCCAGAGAAGAGACCCCCCGAGCCCCCCGGACCGCCGCCGCCUCCUCCCGUGCCCGAAGGGGAUCUCUCCGGAGCAGCCCAGGAGUUGAAUCCGGCCGUGACGGCUGCGCUGCUCCAGCUCCUUUCCCAGCAGGACACGGAGCUGCCCGGCCACGCCACGCAGGAGCCCCCGGCCCCGAGGGACUACGGCCGCCCCCACCCCUCCAGGACUUACAGCGCCGACGGCUCUGAGGGGGGAUUCGGUGCCGAGGAGCCGAACUCGGGCCAGACGCUUCUAGAACCUUCUGCCCAACCCCUGGGGAAAAGCAGGACCUUCUUGGGCUCCGUGAGCCACCUCGGGGAGACCAGCAACUACCAGGGCACGGGAUCGGUGCAGUUCCCAGGGGACCAGGACCUGCGUUUCGCCAGAGCCCCCGUCGGCCUCUCCUUCGGCAAAUCUGAGGGGAGCAACAACGCGCUGGGACACCCCGAGGCCAAAAUCCAGAGCUACGGCGAGUUGGGGCCGGGAACGGCCGGUUCCAGCGGGGCAGGGACAGGUCCCAGCUGGGGAGCCCCCACCCAGGCACCGUCUUCCUACGGGAAGGCGUUCCGAGGGCCUGGCAGAGUGCCUCCGAGGGGGGGCCGGGGCCGGGGGGUUCCCUACUGAGCAUUCCCGGGCCCCCCUCCCCACCCCUCGCCUCUCCUCCUUCAGCCACAGGACUCGGUUUCCUUUGGUUCUUUGGCCAGAGCAAGGUCUCGUCCACAUUUCAGCUGCUCCAGAGCUCCCCCUGCAUCCCUCCCUCCUCCCUUCCCUCGGGAUGUGCCGCAGGGUCCCGCCCGGGCCGGACCCUCCCGCGCUGGGUCAGUGACAAAAACAGUCCCAGGCUGAGCCAGGGGAGGGUGGAGGGGGGGACUGAUGGAAAAAUAGGAAUGAGAGGAAGAAGGAACUAAAAUAAAAAACAAAAAGCUGUUUCCCCGUGGUCAGGGAGGGCUGGGGGGAGGCUGCUUCCCAAAGCGAUUAUUUUUUUUUUUAUUUUCCCAAUUUCCUUCACAAAAAAAGGAAAAAAGCAAAUUAAAAGGGGAAUAUUUUGAUGCAGAGGCACCUGGAGGGGUUAUCCCAGCAGUGGGGGCCCGGGAUGUGACACUGGUUGUGCUCAGUUUAUCCAAUGUUGUUUUCUUUCCAUAAGGCCUCCGGUUUUCCCUCUGCUCCGGGGCCAGAUCCUGCCCCCUGUGGCAGCAGCCUUAGUACACUGAUUUUUUUGGGAAGGAUCUCUGAGGGUUGGAUCCCUCCUGCUGUAACUUUGCAGUGGGAAUUGUCUUAUUUUUCCUGGUUUUUUUAUUUUUUUUUUUUAAGAGCCGAGGCGAACACCUCCCUGAAAAAAAUGGGGAUUUCUGUCACUUGCAACUUCCAGAACACUGAAAGAAUUAAAAAAAGGAGACAAAUGUCUUAACUCCUGGUGGGAUUUUCCACCAGAUGGGAGUGAUUUGCCCCCGGAAUCCCGGGCUGGUGCUGCCCACCCUGCCAAGGUUGGUCACAUCUCAGCCCUUUGAGGUUUUUCCAGGUGUUCCUGUAUCAUUUCUAUCAGCAUAUUUCUAUUUUUGUUGUUGUCAAGGAAGUAUUUACGAUGAGUUUUCUCCUCCAGCGGACCCUUGCGCUGUUCAUUUCAAUGAGACUUUAAAAAGAGAUGAAUAAAACAAAAGUCCCCAUUUUUCAGCUUUUUUUUUUUUUUGUUUCUGACUAGGCCUUUCCUAUGGAAAACAUUGAAUUUUACAGCUGACAGUUCUGGAGUGUUAAAGGAGGAGAGGGGGGAGGAACCCGGGGGGGCCUUGCUACUAACAGGAUUUAAUUUCUUUUUAUACAGAGAGAGAGAGAAAUUUAAAUAAAUGCACCUCAAUAGGUGAUGCUUCUCCACCUGGGGAAAUCCUGCCUUACCCAGCUCUGCCGUGGGAGGAAGGAGGGGAGAGAAAAGUCAAUAGAAAUGGAUAUAUUUUGUUUUUAUUUGCCAAGGCUGAGGAUUUGAAUUGCUGAAUCCCCACUGUCAAUCUGUUGGGAUUUUUUUGUUGGGUUUUUUUUUUUGGUGUUUUGGUUUUUUUUUUUAAUUGUUAGUUCAUCCUGAUGUGCAGAGAGGAAAAAAAGAGAAGUUCUGUGAGACACACAGUGCACUGAACCCACCAGGCACCUCUCAAGGGGGGAAAUUUCCCUGUUUUCCCUUUCCCUGGCUCCUGCCAGCUCUUGGUGCUGUGGAGCUGCUGCUGCUUUUGUUGUUCCUUCCCAAUCCCAUCCAAUUUGGAAGGAAAAGUCAUGUUCCUGUGCCCGAACCCUCUCGGGGAGUGGAGGCCUGUUUAUUGUCUUUCCAAAUUGGCACAUUCCCAGGAAAAGCUGCUGGGAAUGAGCCCCCCCUCCCACAGGCUCUGCCCCCUCCUCAGUGCCGGUGUCAUCCCGGCCUUGGGGUCCCAGUUUAGGGCUCACUGGUCCCAGUUUAGGGCUCGCUGGUCCCAGUUCUGGGUGUUUGUGUCAAUUUAGGGGUGGUUGGUCCCAGUUCAGGGUGGUCUCUCCCAGCUGGGAGAGCUGUGUCCCCUCUCCCCAUGGGGACACUGCCACUGCUCCCUGUUCCAGCAGGGGCUGGGAAGGGGCUGGGGGGCUCCUGUUCCCUGUCCCACCCCCAGCCAGGGACAGACAUUCCAGGUGGUGUCUGUUCCCUGCGUUUUCCCUCUGUCCCCGUGGGGCUCUGGGCUCCUGCAGGAGCUGGUUCCACCAUUCCCUUCUCCAAACCCCCUGAACCCUCCAGGAGGGACACACAAUUCCAGCUCCACUGGCUCUUCCUAACUGGUCCCAGCACGAGCCUUUCACUCCCUGCCAGGGCCACGGGAGGCUGGGGGUGUCCAGCCUGGCCAGGUCACAGGGGGCUGUGGGGCCACUCCUGUCCCCCUCCAACCUCUUUUUCUUUUAUUUUUCCCCUAUUUUUAAUUUUUACCUUUUUUUUUUUAUUUUCCCCCAAACGCUCUGCACAAAGAAGACAAAAGGAUUUUCUGGUUUUGGAGGGGGAUUUUUCGCAUUUGAAAGGAUUUAAGCCUCGGUGCAGGUUACAGAAAUGGAGGGGGGGGGGUGGCAGCUCCCUCCUCCUUCCCCCCAUCCCGGUUUUGGGGUCAAUCCUACAUCUCUCCCGCUGUAGCAAUUCCCAGCAGAGAAGCCUCUGGUCACACUCUGACUGUACCUCUCCCGAGUUUCCUUUGGAGACCGAGCGCGCCUUUUUUCGGUUGUACCUUUGUCUCUGUACAGAUAUUUUGUAAUAUAUUAAAAUCUUUUUUCUUUUCAGUUUAUAAAAACGGAGAAGUGGAGAUUGGAAAAUUAAAUAUUUCCUGUUACUGUA